AUGGCUACGAUGGACAAAGUCUUCGCGGCGUACGAAGCCCGCAAGGCCGCGCUGGAACAGUCCACCAACCCACUCGCCCAGGGCGUGGCGUGGGUCGAGGGCCAGCUGUACCCGAUCCACGAGGCGCGCAUCCCGCUUCUGGACCAGGGUUUCCUGCACAGCGAUUUGACCUACGACGUGCCGUCGGUGUGGGACGGGCGGUUCUUCCGGCUCGACGACCACCUGUCGCGGCUGGAACGCAGCUGCGCCAAGAUGCGGCUGCGACUGCCGCUGCCGCGCGACGAGGUGAAACGCAUCCUGUGCGACAUGGUGGCCCAGUCCGGCCUGCGCGACGCCUUCGUCGAGCUGAUCGUCACCCGCGGCCUCAAGGGGGUGCGUGGCGCGGCGCAGAAUCUGUCCGAACUGAAGAAUAACCUGUACCUCUUCCUCACGCCCUACAUCUGGGUCAUGGAGCCCGAGAUGCAGCGCCGGGGCACGGGCAGCGCCAUCAUCGCGAGGACCGUGCGCCGCACUCCCCCCGGGUGCAUGGACCCGACGGUCAAGAACCUGCAGUGGGGGGAUCUGACCAGGGGCAUGCUCGAGGCCAACGACCGCAACGCCGACUAUCCCUUCCUGACCGACGGCGACGGCAACAUCACCGAGGGGUCCGGGUUCAACAUCUGCCUGAUCAAGGACGGCACUCUGUACACGCCCGCGCGGGGCGUGCUCGAGGGCGUGACCCGGAAAAGCGUCUUUGACGUCGCCAAGACGCUGCAGCUUGACGUGGCCCUGGACUUUGUCCCCGUCGAGCUGGCGUACCACUGCGACGAGAUGUUCAUGUGCACCACCGCGGGAGGCAUCAUGCCCAUCACCUCGCUCGACGGCGUGCCUGUAAAGGAUGGCAAGGUCGGGCCCCUCACCGCCAAGAUCUGGGAUCUGUACUGGGCCAUGCACUACGACCCGGCUUACAGCUUUGCCAUUGACUAUGAUGCCGAUGGAGUGAAAAAGAACGGAGUGAAUGGUGUGGCUCAUUAA